GCAGCGAGGCGGAGCGCACACCCGAGCGUGUGCCGAACUUGGAAGGCUUGUUGGCGAACGAGGCUCAGGACUCGGAUCCGGCCUCGGAGAGCGGGCGACGCCUCCGGGAUGUGGGACCAGAGGCUGGUGAGGUUGGCCUUGUUGCAGCAGCUUCGGGCUGUCUACGGCAUUAAGGUCAAAGGUGGCCGUGGGCAGUGCGAGCGCAGGAGACGGGACGCGGCAGCCACAGCAGCAGUGGGUAAAAUAUUUGGAGUACCUUUUAAUGCAUUGCCCCAUUCUGUUGUACCAGAAUAUGGACACAUUCCAAGCUUUCUUGUUGAUGCUUGCACAUCUCUAGAAGAGCAUAUUCAUACAGAAGGGCUUUUUAGGAAAUCAGGAUCUGUUAUUCGUCUAAAAGCGUUAAAGAAUAAACUGGAUCAUGGUGAAAGUGGUCUGUCUUCUGCACUUCCUUGUGACAUUGCAGGACUUCUUAAGCAGUUUUUUAGGGAAUUGCCAGAGCCCAUUCUCCCAGCUGAUUUACAUGAAGCACUUUUCAAAGCUCAACAGUUAGGAACAGAAGAGAAGAAUAAAGCUACAUUGUUACUCUCCUGUCUUAUGCCUGACCACACUAUCGAUAUAUUAAGAUACUUCUUUAAUUUCCUCAGGAAUGUUUCUCUUAGGUCCAGUGAGAAUAAGAUGGAUAGUAGCAAUCUUGCAGUGAUAUUUGCACCAAACCUUCUUCAGACAAGUGAAGGACAUGAAAAGAUGUCUGCCAACACAGAAAAAAAGCUACGAUUGCAGGCUGCAGUAGUACAGACUUUUAUUGAUUAUGCAUCAGAUAUUGGACAUGUUCCAGAUUUUAUCAUGGAAAAGAUACCGCCUAUGUUGGGUAUUGAUGGUCUCUGUGCUACUCCAUCACUGGAAGGCUUUGAAGAAGGUCAAUAUGAAACUCCUGGUGACUGUAAGAGAAAGCGAAGACAAAGUGUAGGAGAUUUUGUCAGUGGAGCACUAAAUAAACUUAAAUAUAACAGAACGCCCUCUGUUACACCUCAACAAGAAAGAAUCGCCCAGCUGUCUGAAUCUCCAGUGAUUCUUACACCAAAUGCUAAGCGCAAACUGCCAGUAGAUUCUUCUCAUGGUUGCUCAAGUAAGAAAAGGAAGUCCAUCAAGCACAAUUUUAAUUUUGAGUUGUUGCCAAGUAACCUCUUCAGUACCAGUUCUACACCAGUAUCAGUUCACUUUGAUACAAGCCCAGAAGUGUCAUCUCAGAGUUCACUCUCUCCUGUAGCCAUCAGUGGAAAUCAUUUGAUCAGUACAGAUAUACCACGACGAAGUAAAAGGAUUGCAAGCAAAAAAGUUUGCAGGGUGGAAUCAGGAAAAGCAGGCUGCUUCUCUCCUAAAAUCAGUCGUAAAGAAAAAGUUCGAAGAUCUCUUCGUUUGAAAUUUAGUCUGGGGAAAAGUAGCAAAGAUGCAAAUGGGUGUUCUGGUGUCAAUAGACAUGAAAAUGUUGGUCGACGACUUGCAAAUCAACAAAGUUUAGAAAGUAGGAUUGAAGCUGUAAAAACAGGUCUGCUUUUUAGCCCAGAUAAUGACGAAAGAUUAACCAAGAAAGGUUCAAAAAAGAUCAGUAAGUCUGAGGAACACUUAUUAACUCCAGAGCAACUAGAUGGAACAAGUUACCGAAUGUCUUGGACGGGGCCUAGUAAUUCAAGUUUUCGAGAAAUAGAAGCAAAAGAAGCUUCUCCAAUAGAGGGGAAUCUUGAGGUGGAAAACUCUUGUUUGGAGCUUGAUAUGGUAGAAAAGUCAUCUAUUAAUUCAUAUGAACUCACCCCUUCUAAUGUACAUAAUAAGCAUAAUCACAACCUAACCGGAAGCUCUCUUAGUGGGGAUGAAAAUAACUUGAGUACAGAGACUUUGGUGAAAAUUCAGAAAGCAUUUUCUGAAUCUGGAAGUAAGCUUCAUGCAUUGAUAAAUCACAAACAGUCAUCAAUUACUAAUGUGGGGAAAGUAAAAGUAAAUGAAACAUCUUCUAUAGCAUAUAGCCCAGGGGAAAAUCUAUUUGAAAGGAAUGAUUUGACUGUGAUAGAAUCAAAUGAACACCACACUGGUAAAAGUGAAAAUAGUUUUUCAGAAAGAGACUUCUCAGUACAUCAAACUCAAAAAUUAGAUAGAAAAGCAACUAUAAAAUGUUAUUCAACUCAUAUGAAGAUGGAACAUGAUGAAAUCAUUCAUUCAGAUGUGCCAAAUGAUGACUUAAACAAGCAAGAAUUGCCCAGUGAUGAACAGAUAAAAACACAACAGUCCCCAAGGGAUAAACUAAAUACUAAAUUAAAGGAGGAGAAUAUGAUUGAAGAGAACUUGUCGAAAUGCACAGCUCCUAGGGAGGAUGCAGCUAACACCUCUUCCCCAGAGCAGAUUACAUAUGAUACAACCAGCUUAUCAAAACCUAGGCGUGUGAGAAUGGUUACACAGCAGUCACUGGUGGAAAAGUGUGAUACAAGGUUAUCUGAACAUUUACAAGUAUCAGAGCACGGAAAGGUUUCAGACCACAUACAAUGGUUUAAUAAGCUUUCUUUAAAUGAAUCAAAUAGGACAAAAGUUAAAUCACCUCUUAAGUUUCAGCGCACACCUGUCCGUCAGUCUGUCAGAAGAAUUAAUUCUUUGUUGGAGUAUGACAGACAACCUGUAAGGCACAAAUUGGCACAUCUUGGUGAUCCUGCUUCUCCUCUGGCUAAGUCAGUGAGCUGUGACGGUGCUCUUUCCUCUUGUAUAGAAAGUACGUCAAAAGAUUCCUCAAUUUCACAUACCCAAUCAGGUCCUAAGGAACGGAAGUCUGUUUCAUGCAAACAGUCAAAUGUUGAUGCAGUUACAAAAUCAAGCAUGGGAUUAACUUCUAAAUCUUUCUCACAGAUGAAGAGGCACCCAGACUCCAUGAACGCUUCUGUUGGGUCAACCAGAGUUUGUAAACAAAAAGUGGUAUCUGAUGGCCAGAUAAAGGGUCCCUUGGAGGAUCUGACAAAUCAUGAUAUAUUAAGAUCUGUUGUAAAUAAUAAUACAGGCUUAUCAUCUGGGAUAAAUAGCAGGAUCCUUAGGAAGCCGUCAGAAAGAGAAAGGGUCUGGUAUAAAGGUUCUCCCAAAAACCCUAUUGGAAAAGCUCAACUACUACCAACAAGUAAACCUGUAGACUUGUAAUUGAUAAAUGUUAUACUUGUCAUUAAUGUAAAUAAAAUCAGUUGGUGAUGUGCUUGUUAAUUUGUAGCUCAAUGAUUGUUACAUGAUAGAUUUUUAAUUUCAUUGCACAAGCAACUUUGAUUCUUGUGCUUGUAUAAAUGACUACUUUGUUGUCCUUAAUUAUGGCAAUAUUUAAGACUUUAAUUUUAUUGUGAUGUUUUAAAACAGGUUACACUUUACUUUUUAAAAGAUUGUUGACUGGCUUGAUAAGAAAUUAAUUUUUGAAAAUUGCAUGAAUUUUUUGUCUUAACUGGUGGGAAGAAUCGAAUAAGUUGUGUCUAUUUCCUGUUAUUCCUCAUAAGUCUGAUAAGGUUUCUACAAGAAAUGUUUAGGAUAUAAAGGGAAUAGAUAAGACUUGCAAAUCUUAUUUCUUGAAUUACAUUAAUGUUUAUUGUCUUUACCCAAAUCCCUAGAAAUUAACUUGUUUCAACAGCAUGUUAAUCCUUUAUUCCUAUUUGGGGCAAAGUAAUUAGGUUUCUAUUGCCUGUAGAUGUAUACAGGGUGUUCACUUAAGACUGAUGGCUAAAGUAGAGCAAUGCUAAGGUGUGCUUAUAUAGCGUGUUGCUGCAGGAAUAAUUGAUGACUUUUAAGCCAUACUAUAUUUUUAAAGGUAACUUGCCCAAAUACAUUUAUAUCUGUUUUGUCCAAUGCAGAAUUUAAAACUGAGGAAUAAAUAAGCUUGAAAAUUUUAA